CCUCCGCCGCCUGGAUUGGCCCCCUCCGCCGUGACCUCAACGGCCUCCACCGGUAGCCUCGCGACUCGCUGUUCUGCUCCAUACAACUCUGUUGUCCUUCUUGUUUAUCUCGCCUGAUCUCUUCAUCCUCCUUUAUUCUUAUCCCCCCAGCCUGUUCAGUUGUCGCAUGGUCUACGUGGAUCCGUAGCCGCGCGCAUCACCAUCGUCAUCAUGUCAAACGGUCUAUCGUAUCUUCAGAAACUGCGCAAGCCCCAGCUGGCGGAAUGGGCUGAUAUCACCGACCUUCAGGACUAUGGCGACUACACCAAACCCGACCUCGCGGCCGCCCUAGACCAGCAUCUCCAAAGUAAUCAAUCCAUCUUUGAAAACGAUACGCGACUGGCAGACUACUACAAGCGUCUGCUGCAGUCCCCGCGCAAAUACUCACCGACCAAGAAAGUCCCCAAGGUGGAGGCAUCACCGUCGCCUUCUGAAGCGCCCAGAUCCGUGCGCCGGAGGACGACCAAGGCCAAGUUGGAGGAGCGCACGCCAUCGGAGGAAUCCGAACUGCCCCAGACCCCCGGGCAGACCUUGGUGAGCAUCCAACCGCCAGCGAUCGCGUCGCUGGUGCAAGAGCUACCGCCUUCCCCGGCUGUCGUCACCGAUGCGAUUGAUCGCCAAACAGCCGCGUGGGGCAAGUUUCUUAGCGAGACGUGGUCCGGGACCGGAGUCCAAGAGCGGACCGAUUCGCUCCGCUCCAACCUUAGCAGCGUCAAGGCGUUCGGGGCCUUACUUUUGGCACUGGAGUCCAUUGGCCUCUUCCAGACGGUGGUCCCUUGGUAUUAUGUGACCACGCUGAAGAUUCCCCCGUCGCUGCAGAUGGCUGACUACCAGGUCUGGAUUCCCGAUCUGUUCGUGUUGGUUGAAGGCUAUUUCUGGGCGACGGUGACCUUGUGGCUGCUGACCAGUGUGGUGCUGCCCCUGACCACCGCGUACUUUUUCAACAUCAGUCUGCAGGCGGCGCAGCCAGGCAGCCAUUCGCGUCGCAGUCCUUUUGCGCACACCAGCUUCGAUCCUCUCAGCUUUUACAUUGCCAAGGCCGUGAUCGCAUAUAUCGUUUACGUGGAACAGUUCUCUUUCUGGGGACUUUACGAGGGGUUGACCAUUGAACGGCUGGAGGCAUCCCUCGCGGGAGGGGUGUAUGGUGCAGUGGCAGGCUGCGCGAUUGGAGUGAUUGGGACUCUCUACGAGGCUAUUCUGCGGAAGUGAGCAGCAGCAGCAGCAGCAUUGUCGUUUGAGUGGAGGUUUGUUUCCUUCAUUAGGUCAGUGAAAGGACACAGUACAGGAUGAUCUAGAGAGGAGGCAACUCUGGAUAGGAUGGUUCUGGUGCUUGGUACCUUGUCUUUGGUUUCGGGUCGACAGGCGUCUAGCGGGAUUGGAGAUAUUAGCUACUACGUGUGAUUAUUGCUUCAGAUGAAUGGCGCUGGUGAGUUGACUUCUUUAUUUUAACUAUCUAGUUUAGUAUGGUAGGAAUGAUGAUGCCAAUUAACAUAACAUAUCUAUAUC